AUGCAGGACGCAGCUGGAGUCCUGAAGGAGGGCUUCCUUGUCAAACGGGGACAUAUUGUUCGUAACUGGAAAGUGAGAUGGUUUGUUCUGCUUCAGGAUAAGCUGCUGUAUUACAAAAUUGAAGGAGGCAAGAAGGAGCCUUCUCCAAAGGGCAGGAUCCUUCUGGAUGGCUGCACUAUUACUUGUCCAUGCCUGGAAUAUGAGAACAGACCGCUACUCAUCAAACUAAAGACAAAAACCGAUACAGACUAUUUCCUUGAAUGUUGCUCCAGGGAGGAGCGAGACUCUUGGGCUUUGGACAUCACUGGAGCUAUUCAUGCUGGUCACCCAGUACAGGUGCAAGAGCUUCACAGAAUGAAGAACUCUUUCAAACUGCUAGAGAAUAUCAGCCUCCACCACAUAGUGGAGAGAAUGUGUGACAGCAGUACUGGAAUUAAGCUGACCCGCAACUUGGAGCAAGGCAACAGAUACAAGGAGACCUUCACAGGUUCUGCCCUGGUGGACUGGCUCAUCUCCAACAGCUUUGCUGUGUCACGGUUCGAGGCCGUCACCUUGGCAUCCAUGCUGAUGGAGGAGAACUUCAUCAAGCCCGUGGGAGCCCGCAGCACUGAGGCCACACGCUACAGCGACCUCUCUGAGCAGUUCCUCGACGACUCCACGGCACUGUACAUGUUUGCUGAAAGCAGUAAGAAAAAUAUCACUUCCAAGGAAGAGCUACAAUUUAACAUCUCUGAAUUAAGCGGCACAAUUGUGAAGCAAGGAUUCUUAGUGAAACAGGGGCACAAGAGGAAAAACUGGAAGGUGAGGAGAUUUGUUUUGAGAGCUGAACCUGCUUUUUUGCACUACUAUGACCCCACUAAGGAAGAAAACAGGCCAGUAGGUGGAUUUUCUCUUCGUGGCUGUCUUGUCUCAGCUCUGGAGGACAAUGGAGUCCCAGCAGGAGUGAAGGGCAAUGUGCAAGGGAACCUCUUCAAAAUCAUCACCAAAAAUGACGUUCAUUACUACAUCCAGGCCAGCUCCAAGGCAGAGCGAGCACAGUGGAUUGAAGCAAUCAAACCACUGACAUGA